AUGAGUUCUUUCAAAAAACGAGUUCAAACCAAACAAACGAAAAUUCCUCAGGGAACACGUUUAUCACCAUAUAAUGGACAAUUAUUGAUUUCUACUGGAUUAUACCUUGACUUUUAUAAAAUUAUUUUCAAACAUAUUCUUGGUGGAGGUAUACCAAUCGGAAGUGUAUUAUUAAUAAAAGAGGAUCGACAUACGGAGUAUGCUAGAUUACUUUUAAAAUACUUUUUAGUUCAAGGAAUAGUAUCUGGACAUCAUGUUUUGUUAAGUACGGCAGAAGAGAGAGAACCAAAAAAUUUUAUAAUGGGGUUGCCUUGGUUAUCAAAUGAAUCUGAUGAUAUUGGCGCUGAGGAUGAUGACAAUACCAUCGAAUUAGAAGAGAAAAUGACAAUUGCAUGGCGUUAUAAAGGAUUAAAAAAAUUUGAAUCAAGCGUAAAAAGUAAACCCAAUCUUCUUCUAAAUAAACAAAUUUCAAGUAACGAAACAAACCCUCAUCAAAUCGAAAAACCAUUUUGUUCAACUUUUGAUUUAACAAAAUCAAUUCCUCAGCAUAUUAUGGAUAAUGCAUUAUUGACAUUAGUUAAUGUAAAUGAAUUAAAUGAGAAUUCAUAUCAUACACUUUUAGAUAGAAUACGCAACGUCAUUGAAGAAAAUCAUUUGAAUUCUUUGUUAGUACCACCUUCAAAUGUUGAAAGAAAUGCGCUUAGGAUUGGAAUACAUUCUAUCGCUUCACCAUCAUGGCAAUCAAGAUCAUCUCAUGAUAUUUUUGCAUUCUUGCACGCUUUACGUGGUUUAUUAAGAUUUUCAUUCGGUGCAGCUGUUAUUACAAUUCCGGCUUAUCUAUAUUCAUCCUCAUCUUCAGAACCGUGUUCGUUCAUAAGAAGAAUUGAACACAUGUGUGAUGCAGUUGUCGAAGUUGAAUCAUUUGCAGGAUCCCCUGCAACUAAUAACGCAAUUUAUAGUGCCACAUAUCAUGGAUUAUUCCAUGUUCAUAAGUUACCAACACUUAAUUCACUCAUAUCUUCAUCUACAAAAUUAUCAGUAUUAUCAAGUGGUAGUGGAAAUAAUCUAGGAUUUAAAUUACGUCGUAAAAAAUUUACUAUUGAAACUUUUCAUCUACCACCUGAAGGUGGUGUUAAUGAACGACGUGUUGGUCCCGAAACAAACAAGUCUGUGAAGAAGGAUGAUAAAAAUAAACCGGGUAUUGGUAGUGGAUGUGGGAGUAUUCCAGGAAGAAAUGUUGAUCCAUAUGAUUUCUAA